AUUUUUAGUUUUGUUUGGGUCUCCAACUGCUUCUGACGUGUCUACAUCGAUAAAACUACACCUUAUCGCUUGAUCCUGAGCCUGGAUACAAGUUUACUAAUGGCAUGCACCUUUGAAAUAAUUGGCCUCGGCUGCGUCGUUGCGCUCAUUUUGAGCAUUGCAGCCAAGGCACCUUAUCAGACGAGGUUGAUUAUUGUGAUGUUUGGAGCGGGUGUAUCUGUACUGAUAUGUCUACCAUUUAUGCUCCUGCGUCCGCGCGACUAUCGGAACGGGCUUGUCCCAUCCUGGUUAUUCGUUCAGAUAUGCAAGCUAAUGGGUAUUACGAUGGAGGUGCGUGGUACGGAGAACGUAAAAAGUGAACAUGGCAGCGUUGUUCUAAUGAAUCACCAGAGUGCUUUGGACUUGUGCAUGCUUGGACAUCUGUGGCCGGUGAUUGGCAGGGCAACUGUUGUGUCCAAAAGGGAAAUUCUUUAUAUUCCCUUCUUUGGGGUUGGCGCAUGGCUGUGGGGCACUUUGUUUAUUAACCGGUCACGGAAGACCGACUCUAUUAAUUCGCUGCAAAAGGAGGCGAUAGCAAUUAAAGAGCUCAACUGCAAGAUUUUAGUAUUUCCAGAAGGCACACGCAACUCCAAGGAUACCCUGCUGCCAUUCAAGAAGGGCUCCUUUCACAUUGCCCUCCAAAGCAAGUGCACAAUACAGCCGGUGGUUAUGUCGAAAUACGAGUUCUAUGAUGAAAAGACGAACGGUUUCCGACCCGGCCAUGCAAUCAUACAAAUACUGCCCGAGAUAUCAACGGAUGGCUAUAAAAAGGAAGAUAUGGACAAGCUGAUCGAGCAUUGUCGCUCGGUUAUGCAGGAGGAAUUCACAAGGCUGACUAAGGAGAGACUCGCCUUGAAUGCGAAAAAACAUUCGUAGAAUAUUAUUUAUGUAAUAUAAGAUUGAACUCAAGUACACUAAUUGUCGUUACUUUUAACUGAGCCAAACAAUAUGCUUGAUAUUGUGAAAAUCAAAAGAAGAUAUUUAUGUAUAUAUAUAUAUAACGGAUUUAAAUUGAUUUAUUAGUGUUAAGUUUAAUGGAUAACAAUACAACAUAAAUACCGCUUGAGCCUA